GUGUGUGUGUGUGUGUGAGUGAGCUCAGCUCAGUAAAGCUUCAUCUCUAAUAGGAUGAGCAGCCGCUCGCUCGUGAAGCUGAAUGCGCCGCUCAUUGUUCGCCUCGCCGUUUCUCCGGGGUUUCCGCGGAUCGAUCGAUCAGUGAUCGGGAUUUCUCAUGGAUCUAUCGAUGUGAAGACGCUGUCACACGCGGCUGAAGUUCAGAAGUGAUCGAGUGGAGCGGCAGGAGGCAAACAUGCGGUCACAGGCCUUGUUGCUGUAUUUCACGGUGCUGCAGACGGCCGGAGCCGCUUUCCCAGAAGACACCGAGCCAAUCAGUAUUUCACACAGCAACUGUGAAGUGAGAGAGUUUGACAAAAGGCCACCAGAUGGACGCACGCAUGAGAAACACAUUCCUGCACACAAAGAGCCUCUGUUGAGCGUCUGGACGACCAGCACAAACCGCAUCAGACCUGAACUCAAACACAUACCAAUCAAACCCAUCAAACGUAAUGAUGCGGGACCCGUCCUGCUGGAGAGAGAGCGUUUAUCAGUGCUGCUGCUGAUAGACACGGCUUCAACACUAGUGAAGAUGUUCGGGAGCGUGUCAGUUCCGCCUCAUAAGACGGAGAGUCUGUCGUUUUAUAAGAGUGUGGAGGUCGGGGAUCACAUUUACACGGUGGACAUCGAGACGGCCAAUGCGGAGGAGAUCUUCUUCAGUAAGAAGCUGACGUGGAAGUCCAGGCAGGCCGACGUGGACACCUGCAGGAUGAAAGGCAAACACAAGGACGAGUGCCAUAACUUCAUCAAGGUCCUGCUGCAGCAGAGCGACGACUCUCUGUUUGUGUGCGGAACCAACGCCUUCAACCCGUCCUGUCGGACCUACAAGGUAAGACCUCUGACCUCUGACCUCAGCCGCGCUGCUCGUUUGACAUCCAAACAGCUGAAUGAAAGCUGUACAAAUGUUCUCCUGAACGGAUGCUCUGAUCCACGGCCUCCUCCCGAGAGCCCAUCUGCGGCCGCACUCGUGCCCGGCUCCGAGCGCCUCAUGCCAGCGACGUGUUUAACGUGUCUCUCCGAUCAGGUGGUGUUUCCGCGAGUGGCUCGCGUGUGUAAGAACGACCGCGGCGGCUCGCAGCGAGUGCUGGAGAAACAGUGGACUUCUUUCCUGAAGACGCGCCUCAACUGCUCCAUCCCUGGAGACUCACACUUCUACUUCAACAUCCUGCAGGCCGUCACCGACGUCAUCCACAUCAGCGGCCACGACGUGGUCAUGGCCACCUUCUCCACGCCGUACAACAGUAUCCCGGGAUCAGCCGUCUGCGCUUAUGACAUGGCAGAGAUCUCGGCGGCCUUCACCGGACGCUUCAAAGAGCAGAAGUCACCCGAUUCCACCUGGACCCCCGUCCCCGAGGAAAAGGUGCCCAGACCCAGGCCAGGCGUCUGCGCAGGAUCUUCCUCUGGAGAGAAAUUCAAAGUGUCCAACGAGUUCCCGGAUGAAACGCUGAACUUCAUCAAGCUUCACCCGCUGAUGGACGAAGCCGUUCCUUCCAUCGCCAAUCGGCCGUGGUUCCUCAAGACGAUGGUCCGAUAUCGUCUGACGCGUAUAGCCGUGGAUAACGCCGCCGGCCCUCAUCGCAACCACACCGUGGUUUUCCUGGGAUCGGAGCGAGGAAUCGUGCUGAAGUUCCUGGCCAAGAUGCGGAGCGGCUUCCUGAACGACAGCCUGUUUCUGGAGGAGCUGAGCGUCUAUAACCCAGAGAAAUGGCCGUUCGAGCAAGACGUGGAACAGGGCAACACAGAUGGACUGGGCGACUGCCAAAAUUCGUUCGUGGCUCUCAAUGAGCAUCAGCGCAGGCAGCAGGGUGUGAGCGAUAUUACCCAGAAUGCUGCGCGCGGCCUCCUCACCACCGUCCCUCCUCCGGCCCCCGGGGGCCCGCUGCUCCGGGGCCGCAUGGUCAAGCCGAAGGAGGCAGAGCCACCGGGUGAUCAGAGCGACCCGUAUGUAUCCGCUCCUUCAGACACGCAGCAGGAGAGCGCCGGGGUGAUCCGUGAGACGUACCACCGAGACCGCGAUCAGAUGGUUCCCGUCACGCUCCUGGCCAUCGCCGUCAUCCUUGCCUUCGUCAUGGGCGGCAUCUUCUCCGGCAUCGUGGUCUACUGCGUGUGCGACCACCACCGCCGGCGGGACUUCGAGCUGCCCGGCCGCAAAGACAAGGACUCGGUUCAGUCCAGACGGGGCUCCAUGAACAGCGUCACCAAGCUGACGGGGCUCUUUGAGACGCAAGCCAAGGACGGACGGACAGAAGCCAUUCUGACCCCACUCAUGCACAACGGCCGCUUGGCCAACGGCAAGAUGCUCAUCAAAGCUGACCAGCACUUGGAUCUGACCGCUCUGCCCACGCCCGAAUCCACGCCUAUGCAGCCGCGGCGCAAACCCAGCCGAGGCAGCCGCGAGUGGGAGCGCAACCAGAACCUGAUCAACGCCUGCACCAAAGACUUGCCCUCCAUGGGCUCUGUGGUCAUCCCGACGGAUUUGCCUCUGCGGGCGUCUCCGGGCCACAUCCCAAGUGUGGUGGUGCUGCCUUUGCCCCAACAUCAGCAUGAGUAUGUAGAGCAACCGCACCGCGGAGAGCUCGCCAUUGACCAGGCCGCCACGCUGGAGUACAAGUCCCUCAAGAGCCCAAGCUUGGCGAAUGGCGAGAGAGCACCUCCAAGAGUCCCCCAGCGAGAGGCGUCUCUGAGCGCCGUGAUCCCGCCUGCCGUCCCGCAAAUGGGCAAGAGGCUGGAUGUGCAUUCGUCCGUAUACAGCCGCGGCUAUCCCAUGAGCUCGGGCAUCAAGAAACAGCACAACACCAACUCGUCCAACUCAUCCCACAUGUCCAGGAACCACAGUUUCCGUGUGGAGACGCCUCCUCCGCCCGCUCCGCAGCGGGUGGACUCCAUGCACGUCACCUCUCCGCCGCCGAUCCUCGGUCUGUCGCGCCAUCCCAGCCUGAGCUCAUACGGCUCUCUCUCCAGGCAUCUCAAGCCUGACGUCCCUCCUAAACCGAAUCUGGUGUCCCUUUCCACAAAAGCCAAGUCCGGGGACUCCUGCACAUAAUCGAUCGCUGCGGAAUCAAAGACAGGGAACGUGAAAGUGCGUCUGCUUUGUGCAGCUGUGUACAGGAAAUGCAACUCACUUUUUGUUUUGUUUUGUAUAUUUUGUAAUACAUGUCGAGCUCAGGCUGAUGAGGGCGAACAUCUGGGGCAACUCUUGGAGAUUUCGUCCAGUGGCAGCAUGGUUGCCGAUGGUCAUUUUCUGCCAAAAGCACUUCGGAGAUGGGCGCAGAAGCUACGAGAGACGCCCCGGUUAUCAAGCACUUGGACACACAGCAAGUUCAGAUUGGAACAGCUGCUGGAGUUUACUUUGGGAAAACUGUGAAAAGCCGCCGCCUGUCUCAGUGUUACUGUUACUGGACAAAGCAAUCGAGUUCUGCCUUCGUGCAAGAGUUCAACACGUCUACUGAAACUGUUGACUAAAUAACACGUGACUGUUAAUACUAAUAGCAGGUUGUAUUUAUUUUUUAAUAAAGUGCUUUUGCAGAAAGAGCGUCUCUUUUAGGCUCAAAUGAGACGGGAGCGAUCUUUUUAAUUUGAAUUAAUCAAGUGUGAAAUUAUUUAAAGUCAUUAAACUGGAGCCAGCAGCCCUUCUGUCCACUAACUCUUUGGACAUUGCUAAGCAAAGUCAGAGACGAGGGAAGCCUCCGUAUGGAAGGAAAUAUUCUCGAGCCGUGCCAGAGUGGCUUGUGGGUAGAGCUUACAGGCCACAGACAGGAACUCCUGAAUCUCACCUCUUCAUCAUCACCUCCUGAAAUCCGCCGGUCCAUCCGAGUGCCAUUCAAGACGCUUUCAAUCGUAGUUUUCUCGUCCCGUCCACACACACAACCCUUUCGUCGAAUCAUUUCAGCCUGUUUUUCUCCUUCCACCUGUAAAUUUGUGCCUUACACCCCUGAGUUGUGAAGUGUUUGUUAGCUGUUAACUGUCGUAGUUCUUAUGAUGACGUUUGUUUCCCUUGUUUGAUUAAAAAAAGAAACAAAAAAAAACACGUAAGUGAAGAAUGUAGGUGUUGUUGUUGUCGACUCUGGUCCCUUUGCUAACCAUAAAUGUGACCCUGGACCACAAAACCAGUCAUAAGGGUCCAUUUUUCCAAAUUG